CCGGCCGGCCCUAUCAAAAGCUGGCCCCUUCCACAGCGCACUCCCUCACCUUCCUCCACGGCUCCACCAUCCCCUCUCCCCUGCCCUGCCCCCACCGCCCCGCUUCCUUCCGCCUUGCUCCGUUGCUUCCUCCCACCACAGUCCACUCCACUCGCCGGCCCUGCAGCUCAGUAUUUGACUGAGACUGGUGGUGGAGCUGCUAGCAGCGAGCCUGCUACUUCCUGGUCCUGACGGUGCGUUCAGACCUCAGACCAGUGCCGACGACGAGCUGUGAGGAGAGGGCAAGGAAACAAGCCUGUGAGGAAGGCGGCGAUGGAGAGGUACGAGGUGAUCAAGGACAUAGGAUCGGGCAACUUCGGGGUGGCCAAGCUGGUCCGGGACGUCAGGACCAAGGAGCUCUUCGCCGUCAAGUUCAUCGAGCGGGGGAUGAAGAUUGAUGAGAAUGUCCAAAGGGAGAUCAUGAACCACAGGUCACUGAGGCAUCCAAACAUAGUUAAAUUUAAGGAGGACUACUUGGUGGCAACUUGUUUCUAUGGGUGUUGGAUACUUGGAUGUCUAUCAGCAUUCAGCAGCUAUGGGUAGCAUGCACUAGUGCCAUGCCCCUUGAGUCGGGGAAGUGCUUAUGGCAUUUGGGCCUCGGAGUUUUUUUUGCCAAUAACUCAUAUUUGUUGAGUGGCUAUAAUGCAAUGACUGAGUGACAGUUCCUUAGCAGUUAGCAGUCUGCUUUGUCCUCUUGUUCUUCUGUUAUAUAUUCUUGUUUGCACGGAAUGCAUGCCACUGUUUUUUGUGCUACCUGAUUUGCCGUCGAUAAAAGAGGUAUCAACUAGGUAGAGUGAAGGAGAAUUAUCGCUGGAUGGUAAUAUCAACCAAAAAUAUCGAACUUCGGUCCAUAGACUGAAUUCCUUUUAACUUGUUUUUUUCUCUCGCCAGGAUUUCAUAGCAGCACACCUUUAAGAAAUGUUUCUCGCAACUAAGUUCUUUGGAAUGUAAUUAGCUACAACAAGCAUGGGUCAAUUAUGAUUCUGGCAGUAACUUGUAUUCCUUUCAACUAGUUUGGCUGCAGUACCGGAGAAAUACUUAGUGUACUGGUCAUUGACGACAGUAAAUUUCGUGGAUUUAAUUGGAGACCUCUUUAUAAUGCUAACAACAUAGUUAUCUCAUGAAGCUUAUUACUGCAGAAAAUAGCAGGAGAGGGUCCAACCGUGAUUAUUACAUUUUUGUUUCAGAAUUUAAAUUUAUUACCAUUUCCAAACUACAAAUUAAAAGAGAGGCUUAGUUUUUCAGGUUGUGCUAACUCCCACACAUUUGGCCAUAGUUAUGGAAUAUGCUGCUGGUGGUGAGCUAUUUGAAAGGAUCUGUAAUGCUGGAAGAUUUAGUGAGGAUGAGGCGAGAUUUUUCUUCCAACAACUGAUUUCAGGAGUUAGUUAUUGCCACUCAAUGCAAAUAUGCCAUAGAGAUUUGAAACUAGAAAACACUCUCCUGGAUGAUAGUAUAGCACCUCGGCUAAAGAUAUGUGAUUUUGGUUACUCCAAGUCCUCUGUGCUGCACUCUCAACCAAAAUCAACUGUCGGGACACCAGCUUACAUUGCUCCUGAGGUCCUUGCUAGAAAGGAAUAUGAUGGAAAGGUCGCCGAUGUUUGGUCAUGUGGAGUUACUCUGUAUGUGAUGCUUGUUGGUGCCUAUCCCUUUGAGGACCCCGACGAACCGAAGAAUUUCCGCAAGACGCUUACUCGGAUUAUCAGCGUCCAGUACGCGGUUCCUGAUUUUGUCCGAGUUUCAAUGGAGUGCAGGCAUCUGCUGUCUCGGAUCUUUGUGGCGAAACCUGAGCAACGGAUAACCAUCCCAGAGAUCAAGAACCACCCAUGGUUCCUGAAGAACCUGCCCAUCGAGAUGACCGACGAGUACCAGAUGAACCUACAGCUAGUCGACAUGAAUGUCCCCUCGCAAAGCCUGGAGGAGAUCAUGUCCAUCAUACUGGAGGCCCGGAAGCCCGGCGACGGGCUGAAGCAUGCGGGACAGCUCCCCGGCCUUGGGAGCAUGGAGCUGGAUGACAUUGAUGUUGACGACAUAGACGUUGAGGACAGUGGCGACUUUGUAUGUGCCUUGUGACGCGGUUCAGGCUGUCCGGCACCGUUGCUGCGGUGGACUCUCCCCCACUCUCCUGGUCUUUGUGUCUUGCUGUUAUUCCAUGUUGUUUGUUUCAGCGAGCUCCGAGCUCCCAUUUUGUUGUUGUAAUAUCACAUGUUUUGUGUAACCAAGGUAGUGACGCUGUGGAUAAAUAAUAGACGUUAUGUGUUGUAUUCUUGCUGAAUUGUUGUUCAGCUCCUUCUGUUUGCCCUGUAUGAACUGGGCAGUUUCAUGAGUACCACAAUGUGUAUGUUGAUGGCUC